CAGCAGUCCGUGGAUUCGCCACUGCACCUGCGCAAUCAUGGCAUGGCCGCGCGGACUGCACGCGCUGCCAGACAGGAGAGCUGGCAAUCGCAGCUGCAGCAGCUGGCCGGUGAUGUCCGAAGUCAUCAGGCGGCGGUCGGCGCCUUUGGCAAAGCCAGCAAGUGGCAGCAGGCGCUGGAAGUACUUUGGGCGCUUCCAGCCGCUUCGCUGGAGCCCAAUGUCAUCAUCUACAGCAUGGCGAUCAGCGCUUGUGAGAAAGGCGGGUCCUGGCAGUCUGCACUGCUGCUAUUGGAGGGCAUCAAUGAAAACACCGUGGAAUUUGAUGUCAUUUGCUUCAACUCGGCCAUCAGCGCCUGCGCAAAAGCCGCGGCUUGGACACAGGCUGUGGACCUCUUCCGCCACCUGCAGUCCUCCUUGCAGCCGGAUGUGAUCUCCUACAACGCGGUCAUCAGCGCUUGUGAGCGAAGCGAGCAAUGGGAGCUGGCGCUGCAAGUCUUGCAGGACAUCGGCAGGAGGCAAAUCGAAGCGAGCAUCAUCAGCUUCAACACCGCGGCGAGUGCUUGCGGGCGAGCUGAGCAAUGGCAACAGUCACUUCGCCUUUUUACGGAAGCGCAGGAUCGGAAGCUGCAGUCCAGCAUGGUAUCCAUCACAGCCGCCAUCGACGCCUGCGGCGCAGGCGGUUGCUGGCAGGGCGCGCUUGAGCUGGUCCUUCUUUCCGCCUUCAGCCUGGCGGCCUGCAAUGCUGCAAUCAGCGCCUGUGGGGACAAUGGGCGCUGGAGGCAUGCCCUGGACAUUUUCAGCCAACUGAGAAGCCUGCAGCCAGACAUCAUCACCUGCAGCGCCAUGAUUAGUGCCUAUGAGAAGGGCUGUGAGUGGCAGCGCGCCUGCGGCGCCCUGGAGGACUUGAGAUCACGCGGCCUGCGGCCCAACAUCAUCUCCUUCGGCUCGUUGAUCAGCGCCUGCGAGAAAGGCGGGGAGUGGCAGCGGGCGCUGGGGCUGCUGGAGGAGCUGAGGGCCGUGCGCCUGGAGCCCAACGACGUGGUGUGCAACAGCGCCAUCAGCGCCUGUGCAAAUCGCGCUCGCUGGCAGCUUGCCUUGCUGCUGCUGGAGGAGCUGUUGGUGAAGGAUGCCGCAGACGUGAUCUCCUUUAGCGCCGCGAUUAGCGCCUGUGAGGGGACCUGGGGCAAUUGCAGCAGAUGGGGAAAUGAGCAGCAGACCUUCUACAAGGUCAGCCACUUUCACCAGGAGGAGGGCAAGUGGCGUCAUGCACUGCAGCUGUUGGAGGAGCUGAGCCUUCGCGUCCGAGCCAACGUCGUGGCCUUCUCAGCGGCGUGCAGCGCCUGUGCCAAGGGCUACCGCUGGCAAGCGAGCCUGGCCCUGUUCUCCCAGCUUCAAGUGGCGCAGCUGCAGCCCACCGUGGCCAGCUACGACGCCUGCCUGCUGGCCCUGGACCGCGGCAGCCAAGCGAGCGCUGGCCUCGGGCUCUUCGGGCGCUUGAGGCGCGACGGCCUGGAAGCGGACUCCUUCCUCUACAGGUGCAUGCUGAGCCUUUGCGAGAGGGCUGGUGAAGGCGCCGCGGCCCUCGACUUUUUGGGGGACCUCGAGACCAUGGCCCUGGCCGCAUGGGAGGGGGAAAAGGAUGUCUUGUACAUGAUGGCGGUCUUGGGCAUGGACGCUGCACUUGUGAUUGGGGCGUUAUGCCACGGUGUCGACGUCCUGCUCCUGCUGGACAAGGACGUGCAGAAGCGGACUGUGGAGCUGGGAGCAGUCUCCUCCUUGCUUACUGUGUGCUACGAUGCAGUGCUAGCGUCUGCAGUGGCGUUGAAUGCUGACAUGUUGGACGCGGAUUUCAACCGUGUGAAGGUUGAGCUGAUAUGUGUGCAGUUCGACAACCUGACAAAUGACAGGAACUUCUUGGUGGGUGUACGAGAGAUGCAGGACUUGGAACGUGGCCCGUUGACAGCUCCAUUACAUCCAGCCACCUUCGAACAGGGUGAGGACUUGGAACGUGGUCCGGUGACAGCUCAAUCGCAUCCAGUCAUCUUCAGAGGGGAUGAAGAUUUGUUUGUGGUCUUCGAUGUGUACUCGUUCCAAGUUCACAUUAUGAGCGAUGGGGUGCAGCGUCUUUGCCAACAGCUGCUGCCGGUGGGUGAGAACAUGCCGGAGCAAAUUCUGGACAUAGCAAGCCCGGACACUCGGAUGUCCCUGGGCGGGCAAUUGCAGCUUGUGGGCAACGGAUUUGCCAAGCGAGCGCAGCCGCAGAAGGAGAGAGACCAGGAGGUGGUGACCUUCAAUUUGCUGGGCCUGUGCGAGCGGACGGCGACAGUGACCAUUGAGCACGACCAAGUGUUGAAGUGUUGGGUUGCCUGCAUGGUGCUUCUCAAGGGCUUCACGGAAGCCGUGUUGCUGCCCGGCAUCUUGGCACUGGAGCUGGGUCUUCUGUUCAAGCUGAUCCAGCUGGUGGAUGUCUUGUACAUGAUGGCGGUCUUGGGCAUGGACGCUGCAGUUUUGAUGUCUGGUCUCUCCCACAGCAUCGAUGUCAUGUUCAUGAUCACUUUUUCCUUUCCCGGACGCUUCAUGUAUGCGGUGCUGGCGAAACGCUCGGACGUCACCAUCCCAGAUUUGCUCGCCGUAUUUCUGGCGAUGUUUUGGGGCAUUUUGGCCGUACGAAGGCUCCUGAUGGAGAAUGUGCUCCUGAGGGUGGACGUGCAGAAGCGGACCGUGGAGCUGGGGGCGUCUGCAGUGGCGUUGAAUGCUGACAUGUUGGACGCGGAUUUCAACCGUGUGAAGGUUGAGCUGAUAUGUGUGCAGUUCGACAACCUGACAAAUGACAGGAGCUUCUUGGUGGGUGUACGUGAGAUGCAGGACUUGGAACGUGGUCCGUUGACAGCUCCAUUACAUCCAGCCACCUUCGAAGGGGGUGAGGACUUGGAACGUGGUCCGGUGACAGCUCAAUCGCAUCCAGCCACCUUCGGAGGGGAUGAAGAUUUGUUUGUGGUCUUCGAUGUGUACUCGCUCGAAGUUCACAUUAUGAGCGAUGGGAUGCAGCGUCUUUGCCAACAGCUGCUGCCGGUGGGUGGGAACAUGCUGGCUGCUGGGACAGAAUAUGAGUCCGAACAUAUCCUGGACAUCGCAAGCCCUGACACUCGGGUGACGAUGACCAAACAAUUGCAACUCAUGGCCAACCAAUUUGCCGAGCGAGAGCAGCAGCAGAAGGAGGCAGACCAGGAGGUGGCUACGGUGACCUUCAAUUUGCUGGGCCUUGGCGAGCGGACGGCGACAGCGACCAUUGAGCGACUUUGACUGAAUCGAACCUCCGGAGUUUACCGGAGACUCAGCCACUUCAUGGACCUGAUCACGGCCACUUUCUGGAAAUGAGCUCAUCCUGGUCGCAGCGCUCAAAGUCCCAUCGCAGCUCCUGUUCGAGGCAUUCCAGCCGAUCCAGCCGGUGCGGUAGAAUACGUCUGUGCCGUACUGAUCGAUCCGGAUCGAUCUCCCAGCUGUAUGUCACCAAGACCCCGCUGUGAUGGCAGUUCCGGGCUUCAAGGAUCGUCGGAAAGCUUGUUAUGAGAUAUAUCAACAGUUCUUUAGGUCCAUGUAGGUUUCAUACGUUUGGUGGCCAGCUUGAACUCGACCUAGUUUCCCCGACUCAUGGCGCAAAAAUGCCCUUGAAGUUGUGGUGCCACAUGAAAUGUCGGAGCCACAGCUUGCGGGAGGAAGCUGCUUGGAUCAAGCUCAACAGAGAAGGCACAAAGGGCAAUUGCCAAUGUGCGCUGCAGGUUGGGAUGGAACA